AUGCCAUCAUUUAAUCCAUCAUCUCCUGCACCACAACGUCGAAUCAUUGUAAAGCCCCAAUCACCCGGCAAACAUCACAUCCCUCCUCCAAACCUCAGUCCUCUCCUUUCACCAGGCACAGGUCGACGACGAAAAGACAUCGGCGAUUAUUGGCUUGGAAAGACCUUGGGCAAAGGUUCUUCAGGUCGUGUCAAACUUGGCAUACACAAGGUCUCGGGUGAAAAGGUUGCCAUCAAGAUCAUAUCCAAAUCACACCUUGCCACCAAUGCUUCUGUCGAACGUGCUGUCAAACGAGAGAUCGCCAUUAUGAAACUCAUUCACCACCCGAACAUCAUGAGCUUACUCGACGUGAUUGACCUCUCGGAUUCACCCAAUCUAUACUUGAUCCUGGAGUAUGUGCAGGGCGGAGAAUUAUUCGACUAUCUUGUUUCCCAGGGACGACUCUCUGAACCCGAGGCUCGCAAAUACUUUCAACAAAUCAUCUUUGGUUUGGAUUAUUGUCAUCGUCAUUUGAUAUGUCAUCGUGAUCUCAAGCCUGAGAACUUGCUAUUGGACAAGGACAAGAAUAUCAAGAUUGCUGAUUUUGGAAUGGCUUCGUUACAGCCUGCAGGAUCAUUGUUAGAGACAAGUUGCGGAUCCCCGCAUUAUGCAAGCCCAGAGAUCGUUAAUGGCGUACCUUACAAUGGCUCAGCAUCUGAUAUUUGGUCCUGUGGUAUCAUCUUGUACGCAUUGCUUUGUGGACAUUUGCCAUUUGAUGACGACAACAUUCGAGAAUUGCUCAACAAGGUCAAGAUUGGGAAAUACAAAAUGCCAGACUACGUAUCCAGUGGAGCUCGUGAUCUUAUCCAAAAGAUCCUCGUCAUUCAUCCAGAGAAAAGGUUAACGAUGAAACAAGUACAACAGCAUCCUUGGUUUACUGCUGAUCCACCUAUCAAUCCAUCCAUUUUACCUGAUCCUCCCACGGCAUCUGAGAUUGGCCGACCCGUGUCGGAUGCUUCCGAAAUUGAUGAUCGAUUACUGGAAACUCUCAAGGUGUUAUGGACUGAUUUAAGCUCUGAAGAGGUUCUCAAGGCACUUUUGAAUGAGGAGUACAACAUGCAAAAGGUCACCUAUGUGUUAUUACAACGACAUGCAAACAAUUAUUGGCAAACUGAACGAGAUGAUGAUAUAAGGACGGCUGAAUCACCUGCCAAACGAAGACGACCAGCAACUAUUUGCAGUGCGGCUACCACGACCACUACAUCUGCUCGUGACUCACUCCCUGGCAUUGAUGGGAUGAUGCAUCAAAUUGCCGGAAAAGAGCGCAACGUUGGGGAUGUUGAUUUACCUCCGCCAGUACCUCCCAAGCCCAUUGUCAUCCGAGCUGACCUUAUUUACAAUCAAGCAUGUGCGGAUGCAUCUGCCAAUCUUAAAUCGCCUCGACCACCACAUCACAGCCCUAUGCGACAACCACAACAACACCGUAUCUGGCGUCAACCAGUGCCAACAUUCUCGCCAUCGCCACAACGACGACCUAUCUUUAACCCUCCACCAUCAGCACAACAACAAACGGAGACACAACAACAAGAACAUGCUCCUGCAGUAUACCCACCACAUCAAUGUUGUCAGCAUCAUCAUCAGCCAUCUAUAUUUAAUCCUCCUCAACCUCCUUCUACUCCCCAACAACAACAGCAACAUCUCAAUAUCGCUCAUAUGCUCUCUCCUCGAACACCAACACGUCCUUUCCUUGUACAGCCAACAACAGCAUCAAGUCAUCAUCAACAUUAUCAUUAUCCAAAUCAAUUCCAAUCACCUUCCCAAUCCACACGUUACACAUCAACUACCAACACCACUACAACUGCUGCAACAAGUGAUCAUGUAUCAGCUCAUAGCUCCAGCAGUAGCAGCAGCAACAAUAACAACAACAAUAGUAAUGGGGGAGAAUCAUCCAAAUUGAAUCGGAUCAUGCAUCUAUGGCAACGGAAUAAGGUUGAACCUGUCACUGCUGCCACCAAUAUGAAAGCACCCAACAAAGGAAGUCAUCGCUUAUCCAUGCCUGCACCCAUCGUUCAACCUCCUCAUCCACAACCCCAUUCACCGUUCCAUCAUCGCCAUCAUUUUCAUCAGCCGCAACAGCAUGAUGUGGAUCCCACCACUGGAAGAGCAGCAUUAGUAACAGGGACCACAACAGCAGCAUCCCCCAUGUUGACAUCCGCGUCACGUGUCACAACCACUCCUCGGCAACAAGGAAGCCCACGGCUAUCGUCUUGGUUACCUGGUCUCUUCCAUUUCAAGCAACCCAAAGUAUGUUCGAUUGAUUGUGCUGCGAGAGAUGAACGAGAGGCUAUUGGAAAAAUCAAACAAGUGCUUGAAGAGUGCUUGGAUGGAACCAUUACCGAACGACAGGAUUCUGAAGGCAACAUGAGGAGAAAGGGUGAAAUGGUGCUUCCGGGUAAUGAAACAACCACCAAAGCAAUACUCUUACGAUUCAAGGUAGAGGUGCAACUACCAAGUUCAAGUAGACUACGCAUGGUUCGGGUGAACUUCAUCCAACAACAAGGCGAUGCAGUAGCACUCAUGACCGCUGUGCGGAUGGUGCAACGCACGUUAGAACUCUAUGAACAUGAAGCAAAUCUUAUUGCCACCGCAAAUGGAUGGAUCCCACAAUCAUCUUUUAGCUAG